AUGUCUGCUCUCGAGCUUGAAGUUCAGCCUGUCCAGGUUGCUGAGAUCCUGGACAUGGAAGAGCCAUUUGAAGACGCCGUUCCAGAUGUCAAAUCAGGCGUGCGUGUAGACCCAAAUGCAGCCAUGCAAAGCGCGCGCUUCAGAAAGACGGAUGUCGUCCACAUGUCGCAAAUUUCGAACGGCGUCAGGACCAAGGGCGUCUUCACAGUUUACAAGGCACAGUACAACGUAAGAGGUGGAUACGUAGAGUAUCAGCUUAUUGAUUAUCUGACGGGUGGAAUGCACAAGAAUGGUGCCUGGAUACGUGAGAAGGACCUCAAAUUGGAGAGGCGUGGCUGA